AUGGCCGACCUCGGGGCAGACCGCACCGCCGCCUACGGCGCAGUCUACUCGCCCUCCUUCCUCACAAUCUUCUACGACAAGUACGUCUUGGGCUUCAAUAUGUCAAAAGUCUGGGGUUGCAGCACAGAACAAAUCCUCCUCCCCUUCUUCAGCGAGAACUUCACCCGCAACCACCUCGACAUCGGCGUCGCCUCCGGCUGGUUCCCGGCAGCCGCCCUGGCGCGGCCUUUCCGCGCCACGAGCAGACAGCGCAUCACGCUACUGGAUCUCACCGCGCCUCCCCUGAACGCGACGAGGACCCGCGUGCUGUCUGUCACGACGAAUACCGAGGUCCGCUGCGUAGAGGCCGACGUCACGGAGCCGCCGCCAAAGCAGCUGCUCGGCGAGCGCUUUGACUCCAUCUCCAUGUUUAAUCUGUUCCACUGCAUGCCCGGUGGUAAGGCUAAGCUCCGUGCUUUUGGGUUGUACAAGGAACUGCUGAGCCCGGAUGGUGUAUUGACUGGCUGCACGGUGCUGGGCCCGAAUGAGUCGACGGGGUGGUUCACCAAGUUCUACCUCCGGUGGUACAACAAGUGGUGGGGCGUUUUCAACAACUGGGAUGACAAGAAGGAGGAUAUCCAGGAAGCGUUGGACCAAGAGUUUGAGGAGGUUGAGACAUGGAUCAUUGGUCAGGUGAUGUUGUUCCGGGCAAAGAAGCCCAGGAAAGCUCUCCUUGAUGUCUGA